AUUUUAAAAAAAAAGCCUAUUUUUAGGGCUCAUUAGGUUUUGGUCAUGUUUGGUCUGUGAAACAUGGAAGAGGCUAAAACUGCACUUAUUUAUUUUGCAUUCCUCUAUCAUAUGAAAACUAUGACACUAAACGGAUAAAAGAUAAAUAUUUUGGUGAAUAUGGUGGGUGGUUUUAUGUUUUGUCUGGAAGAGACUUUAAGUAGUGCGGUUUUGGCCUCACACUGACAAAUCUCCAGAAAGACUGUGCAGACAGUGUGUAAAUAUUUGUGACAGUGUGUGAAAAUGGGACUUAAAUCUGUGUCUCUACAUGUUUUUUCUCUUUAAGAUAGAUUUAGGGAAAACCUCAGCUGCACAGUAGCCACAGGCGACACUAAAUGUUAAUACCUACUCAGUUGUAUCACUUAUACAGCAAUAUCUAUGUAAAGUUUGUGACCUUUAGAUUAGACAUUAGCCACCAUAAAUUACCGCUCAGACCAGACCUAGUAAGGCUGCACAGCAGAAAAUUGUUAUUUCUCAAAUGUUUCAUAGUCUUCUUGUUUUCAUUCUGACUGGUGGGUCUUCCUUUUUACUCCUCUUCUGUUUCAGUCCUUCCUCUCCUUCUUCCAUCCCUUUCUUUUUCACCCCAGCUUUUCCCCGUACCUCUAUAACUCUCCUCCUCUUUCCCCAAAACGCCCCUAUUCCCCACUCACUUCGACUUUUGACAUAUUACCUCCACUGAAGCAUUAGUCACCCAACCCCCCCACCUCUGUCCCACCCUCCUUAACUUCCCCUCCUUCUUCCCUCGUUAUAAACUCAGGACCCGCAACAGUUGGCUCAGUGUGAGGAGCCUUACAAAAAGUGUAGGGGGUGAACAAACCCAAAAAAAAAGAGGAGAGAGCAGCUGGAAAACUGGGUGACAAGCACACCAUCAUCAGACACUUUUGUGAUUUCUUUAAAAGCGACACAUUCAGAUCAUGCAUGUGUUCAGGAUCUGGCGUGUGCUGUGUGUGCUUGGCUUCGUGGGUGCAUCCUUGUGUAUGAAUGACUUUGAGUAUGAAGGGAACUAUGCAGAAAACUAUGACAACGAGAUCUCUCAGGACCAGCAGGAGGGGGAAACUCCAACAACCCCAUGCCGAGCUACAGAUUUCUCCCGCUGGGACAAGCUUUUCAUCGCUCUGGAGGACUCCCAGAUGAGACAGAACAUGCUGCUGGAGUCUCUGGAGCAAUGCAGCGGAGGAAUGGUCUCUCUCAAGAACCGGGUGGACAAGCUGGCUAAAGGGACAUGCCAGCAGUGUCUACCCAGCCUGGAGUCAGCGUGCAGGGCGCAAUCGGAGCAGACGAGUGUCAGGCUGCAGCAAGGUUUGGCAGAACUCCGGAGGGAGGAAGAAGAUAGGGAGAGGAGCUUAAACGCUACCUUGCAGCAGCUCCUGCACAGCAGCCGUGAGGGGAACGCUCGGCUGAGGCAGCUGGAGGACGGACUGGUGCCAUCGGGAACAGCCCACGGCGGGAUGGAGCGCCAACCAACACCGAGACCUGGAGGUUUAGGGGCUGCAUUUGGCUUGGGGAUGAAACCAUUCCCAUCUGGCCAGAAGAAGCAGGAAGUGACUUCACCCCUGGACAUGGCCGCAAUGGAAAGGGCUUUGGUUGCUAUAGCAACAGAGCUGCAGAAGAUUCAUCUGCAACUGAGCAGAGUGAUGGAGCGAGAGGGAACAUCGGGCAAGGACAGAGGAGACACAUGAAUUUCCUAUAGAGGGAGGAAAAUAAAUAAAAUAAUGACUGGGGACUCUCCGGUGAUCAUGAUUUUGCACAUACUCUUUUUUUAAUGUUACUUUUAAAGGGCUUUUUUUUUUUUAUAUGUGAGCUUGUGGAGCUUUCUGGUGACAAUGACUUUAGAUGUACUAUAAAUGUUGUGGGUUUGCUAUAAUAAAUAAAAACUUAUUAAACUAACCUAAUCAGCCUCAUGGAAAGGUUUCCUCCCUUCUCCCACACGGUAAUCAACUCGUUUUUAGAGCUUCGUACUUCAUGUGUUCACGCACAUGCCUACACUUUGAUUCGCGUGAGUCAGUGCAUGUUCUCUAUCCCUCACAUGUGCCAGAGUUUACACCACCACCACCACCACCCCAGUGUUUGUGUAGUUUGUCAUUAAAAGUGUGCGAAAUGUUUUUCGGAUCGUGCCUAAUUCUGAGCAGACCUUACCCCUCUCAUUAGUUGCUUUAAAGAGUCUGAGAGGCCGCGGCUUACGACGCUGCGAGUGGUUAUGAUUUAUGAAAACCCUGCCAGAGCUGAGACGCUGCCGCCCCGUCCCUCCUGCAGCCACACACACACAUUCAUUAUUUAAACCACAGCGGCUGGUGUUGACUGAUGGUACUUUCGGAUGUUUAACCUCAGUACAAAUACCACACUGUACACAGCAGAUUGUACACAGUAUUAUUUAGAAUUACAUAUUAUCCAUCCAUUUUGCAUA